AAUCAUGUGACUGUUCAAAAUGGUAGAGUUAUGAAUCUAAGGAAGAGUAAAACAUUAAAUAUUACAAUGGCACUGGCAUCAAUCCAUGCAGCUAAGAAAAUACUAAGAAAGAAAAUCAAGGAUACAAUCAAUGCUCUGUCAAGGGAAGAAAAAGAGAGACAAUCAUCCGUAAUAACUCAGAAGUUAAUAGCUUUGCCAGUAUAUCAACAAAGUACACGUAUUUCUGUAUUCCUAAGCAUGCAAGAUGAGAUCAACACAAUGCACAUAUUAUCAGACAUUUUCAGAAGUGGAAAAAUCUGUUUUAUUCCAUGUUACCAUGGUGAUAAUAUGGAUAUGUUAAAACUGAACUCCAUGGCUGAUUAUGAUAGUCUACCUGUGACAAAAUGGAACAUCAAGCAACCAAACUUUGAUGAUGAUAGAGAAAACGCAUUGACAACUGGAGGUCUAGAUUUGAUUCUUAUGCCAGGACUGGGAUUUUCGAAAGAAGGGGCUCGAUUGGGUCGCGGAAAGGGCUACUAUGACAACUAUUUAAGGAAAUGUGUCAACAUCACAAAGAAGAAGCCAAUUACUGUUGCUCUGGCUUUUAAGGAACAGAUUAUUGAUGAUAUUCCUGUGACGGAAUCUGAUGUGCCAAUUGAUACAAUUUUAUAUGAACAAUAAAAAACUUUUAGUGCAAUUACAGUAUUUAAAGCCAUGAAAGAAACAUGUGGAAUGACAUUUACCUCACUGUUCAAAUGUUUUAUUAUUUAGGCAUUUUAGUGAUUAUAAACCCUGAGGAUGAUAUUGGUAGUAUAUUUAAUUUUGGUUUUAUUAGCUCUAAGCUUAUCAAGAUACAAUGGUCUGAUCCAUUGGUAUGAAUAUUGAUAAUAUGAAUAACUCAGGAUGUUCAUUUUUAGCCUUUCAGCAAAAUGUUUGAAUUUUAUGCUGCAUUUAAAAUUAUGUACCACAAGAUUGUUAUUUAAUACAAUGCUAUAUAAAAUGUUUUAGUCAGUUGUCAGAUUGUAGUGUCAUUCUCACCAGUGACCAGUGUGUAUCUUUAUCAGUAUGUACCAGUGUGUAUCAUAAUCAGC